GCUGGUGCUCUAUGCCUUGGAAUGCAAAUUACCAAAUAUGGAAGUCCAUAUCUAGGGUCUAAUGUGUAACAUGGAAUUUCAAAUGGAAAAUCCAUGGCAACACACAUGGUUUUGUAAGCCUUGGUCGUGUUAAUGCAAGGUUGAUGAUUUAGCUGGGAUGGAUACUCGAGCCCUGCAUGCAUGUUCCAUACAUAGACUUGGGGUAUCCCCCCCCCCUCAACGGACCGCCCACGUCGCCAUUCCCAGUGCGAGAGCGCGAAGUUUCGGAAGCCAGUUUGACACCGUCACAAGGCACGAACAUGUCCGGUCCGAGAAAAAGCGAGUCCUGCUGGUAGUGGAGUUUCGGAAAGUGCUCGGCUUCCGAGGAUCCGAGUUGUUAGGCUCGCAGCUCGUGGACUGCACCGCCGACCGUUACGCCAGGGAUCAUGGCUGCUUGGCUGCAUACCUAGACGACACAAGCGCAUAGGCGGGUGCUGCUUAAUACAAACC